AUGGAAAAAGUAAGGGCCGAAACUCAAUCAACUAGCUUCUAGAGCUUUUCAAAAGACCUGACAUCAAAUUUCAGAUCAGAUUUUCGAUCAGACAUCAAAUUAUAUUAUCCAUGAGAUCAGAUGUCUAAAUUAUCAAAAUUCAAUAUUUUUCAAAGAAAAUAGCUAAGAUUGUAUAUUCAGAUAUUACAAUCACAUCAAGCCAAACAUUUUAAGACCAAAAAUUCAAUGUUUGAUCUCCAUUUCACCCAUGUUUUAUCCAUUCCCCGCAAAGAAGCGGGCUGAAACAGAAAAAUCUCGAUAAAAAGGCUUCAAAAGUUGUGUAAUGGCAUAAACGCAAUAGCAGAAAUCAACGCCCAGCCAUCGGAUGUCCAUCGGAGCCGAAGAAAAUUUGUUCCCCGACCUUUUUUCCCACUCGCCCGCCAUUUUUCGGUCUUUUUUUCCCUCCCAAAGAAAUGAGUGGCGCUUUUCUCGCGGUUCUUGCCGCGAAACCGUUGGAGUGGGUCCCUGAUUUUUCAAAAAAAAGAUGUCGAGAUUUUGACCCAAAUUUACUGACUUCAAAAUUUAUUUGGUUCUUCUAAUUGCACUGUGCAAAAAAAUAAAAUUCCGCACUGUGCGGGAAAACUUGAAUCGACUGCACAGUGCAAAAUAGACACCCUAAGGGCAAAAUAACGAUUCAGAAAAGAGAUCUCGAGAUUUUGACCCAAAUUUACUGACCUGAAAGAAAAUCUGUUUGGUUCUAUAAAUUGCACUGUGCAAAAAAAAUCUCAAAUUCCGCACGGUGCGAAAAACAUAUAAUCGAUUGCACAGUGCAAAGUAGACACCCUAAGGGCAAAAUAACGAUGAACACCGAAACUUCCAGUUGUAAUGACAACGGAGAAGAGAAAAAUUACAAUCAAAAUCGCACUUGACGACUGGAGAGAGCGAAAUCAAAAAUUUCGCACAGUGCAGAAGCAAGAAAUCUCGAAAAAUCUCAAAUUUCCUAUAUUUCUUUGGAUGAAAUAGAGGAAACAACUACCUAGAGGACAAAUAAAGCCUAGAGAAGCCUUCAAAACCCUAUGAACAACCAAAAAACCUUCAAAAAACGAGUAAAAAGAACUAAAGUAACAUAAAAAAUGCCAAAACACAACAAAAAUGCCGAAAACUAAUGACAACGGUUUAUUUCCAAAACGAAAGAUGGUGAUUCAUCGUGAUGUAAGGUGAGACGAUCCAAGUUACUUGGGGCCGAGGUAACAGGAGACGUCGGAACGUUGCUGUGGUGCCGAGCUGCCACCGCUGGAACCACCGCCCGAAGAUCCGGAAGAGCCGCCGGACGAGCCACCGAACGCGUACUCCUCGCGGACGUAGCCACCACCGCCGCCACCGCUCGAUCCGCCGCCGCUGUAGGCUCCCAUGUAGGCGCUCUUGUCUCCCAUGGUGUUGUUCUCGGUUCUCGGGGCCACCACCGAAAGCAAAGUGAUGGGAAAUGAGCGCCCACCUCUCCUUUUAUACCCACAAUGGUGCUCAUGCAAAAAUCGCACAAGAAAUUUGAAUAAAAUGGGCGGAAAAUGCAAAAUUUUUGGAAUUGUUACCUAUUUUUGGACGAUUUUUUACUUUUUUUGCCCAAAAUUCGCUGUGUCGGUGGGGAAAUUGGAAAAUUCGUGGGAGAUUGAGAGAUUAUUGUGUAAUAGAUGUCUUCUACAAAGGCCUGCUUCAUAGUCUUCCUACUUUUUAUAUUAUCCAUCAAAACUUCCACUACUCCUAUCAGAUACGAUGGAGCCAAAAUCUACCAAUUUGACUGCCCAAAACAACUUUUAGAAGUCUUAAAAAGAAAAAUGAAGACCUCUGUAAGUUAUGUUUCGUAUUUUAGAAACGAAAUUUACGAGAUUUUCCAUUUUUUUCGUCAUUUUCUAGCCUACUACAAGGUCAUUUGAAAUUUGGAGUCUGCGGCCCGGAAAUUCCAUGAAUGCCAUCGCAUUUGUCGCUCCAGAACAACAAAGGCGAUUUGAGAGGUUGCUGAAAAAGUCGCGGUUAAACUACAGUAUCCUCAACCGGAAUAUUCAAGCGUAAGUUUGGGACUGCACGGUGCGGAAAAUUUUUAAAAGUUUUGAGUGCACUGUGCGGCCAAGCUUGAUGUCCAUAAUAUAAAAUAGAGUACCUAAAAUGUUGCUACGUAUUUUGUCUUAUAAUCAGAAGUGUAUUUUUUUGUAUUUCCGACGGUAAAAUUCUAGAAAUUCCGAUUUUUUCGAAAAUUUUUGAGAUUGCACUGUGCGAAUAAUUUUGUCUCUCCCUCUGCGAUCGUCGAUUACAAUAUCGAAUAUGAUUUUUUCGGUUUAUAUAGCCCAUACGGCUCACUCUUUUAGAUUUUAUCGAAAAUUUGCCCUGAGGCUAUCGCGGAUGCACAGUGCGACCGGAUUUCUUUUUUCCGCACUGUGCAGAGAUGCAAAAGUUUACUUUUUAGAGCCCACGACGCAGAAAAGGCCGAAAUGACAAGACGUCGGAGGAAAUUGAUGUCCACAGAAAAAGGUACCAUCUCUGUGGACCAAUACCAUACUUUAGAAGAGGUAUUACGGUAGUAUUUUUUUCCAAAAAUUUUUUCCAAUUUUUAGAUGGAAAAGUAUCUAAAAGAGGUCGCUGAACUUUUUCCCGAGAGAAUUCAACUGUUCGAAGCUUCGAAAACCUAUCAAGGCCGCAAAAUUUACGCAUUGAAGGUAACGUCAUCAUGGAUAAUAUAAAAUUUCGAGCUUUUAGAUCUCAAAUUGCAUUAAAUGCCCCUCAACAAAGCCCUCGGCCCUCGUGAACGCCGGAUUUCACGCGAGAGAGUGGAUGAGCCAUGCUAGCGCCAUCUACAUCAUCAAUGAGUUUGUCCACAACUCGAAAGACCCCAAAAUAAAGUGGCUUUUGGACCGUUUUGACUGGUAUUUUGUCCCGAAUGCGAAUCCAGACGGCUAUGUUUACACUAUGAACGAGGUAGAAAAUUAAUUUUUUGAUGGAUUACUGUAACUGUGGGGUUACGGUAGAUGGCAAAAAUCCGUAUUUUAGGACCGAUUAUGGCGGAAAACAAUGUCGAAACAUAAAGGAGGAGUGGGUGUGGACAUGAACAGAAAUUAUGGAUAUCAUUGGGGAGGUGGGUGGAUACUUUUUGAUACUUUUUUGAAAUUUUUUGGGAUUAAAACAAUUCUGUAUGUUACAGUAAUUUUAGAAUAAAUUAUGCCUGAAAUUACCGGGAGUGGCCUGAUAAAUGAAUUUUUAGAGCUAUCGCAAAGUUAAUUGGAUUCUUUUUGAUACUUUUUGCACAUUUCCUUCCAUUUUUGCUAAUUUUUUACAAAAAACUUGCCGAUUACUGUAAUUUUUUUCAAAAAUAGAAGCUAAAAAUGGUGUCGGAAGACGAGAUAAGCUCUCAGCUUUUGAACAAUACCAUACACGGUUAAUGUUUGGGUCAUUUUAGAAGAGAAAGAAGCCAAGGACCCGGCCGAGGAAGUGUUUGCCGGAACUGGCCCAUUAUCAGAAGUAGAAACAAAAGGACUCGCAAAAUUUGUUGAUGAAAAUGUCAAAAACUUGACUAUCUUCUUUGAUAUCCAUGCAUUCAUGCAGUCGUUCCUCUUACCCUGGGGCUAUACCAAGGAGAAGCCAAAGCACUUUGGAUACCUAAUGGAUGGAUGUACGCGAAUUCUGGAGGCUAUAAAGAAGUUUAAUGGAAAUAAAUACAAUUGUGGAACUCCUGUAGAAUUGUUAUGUAAGGAUUCUUUUGAUUUCCGCGAAGUUUUAACAAUGAAGGGAACAGUUGACACAUCCGGGUCAAGUCUUCCGCUCUAUCAGAAAACGGUUACGAGAAGGUUUGAUGAAAAAUUUUGGGAAAUGCUAAAAUAAGGUGUUUCUACUCGAUUUUUACUGCAGUGAGUGUAAAACAAGUCUUUUCAGAUCCAGUUUCGGGCAGUGCAAUGGAUUAUUAUCACUCAAAAGGGGUACCCUUGAGCUAUUCGGUGGAAGUUCGACCAUUCUCCAAAGACAAUGAAAUGUCAGAUAAAGAAUUCUUGGCCUCGAUGUCAGCUCCAGCCAGCAUGAUAGUACCCACCGGCCAAGAAAUGCUUGUUUCUUUAUAUGAACUAGGUCAAUAUUACUAUAGCCCAAAACAGUAG